AUGUAUUUCACCGCAUGUGCACCUCCACAAGAGGAUCGGAAUAUUUGCACCUCCACAAGAGGAUCGGAAUAUUUGCACCUCCACAAGAGGAUCGGAAUAUUUGAACCAUCACAGGAGGAUCGGAAUAUUUGCACCUACUCAAGAGGAUCGGAAUAUUUGCACCUGCACAAGAGGAACGGAAUAUUUGCACCUGCACAAGAGAAUCGGAAUAUUUGCACCUCCACAAGAGGAUCAGAAUAUUUGCACCUCCACAAAAGGAUCGGAAUAUUUGCACCUCCACAAAAAGAUCGGAAUAUUUGCACCUGCACAAGAGGAUCAGAAUAUUUGCACCUCCACAAAAGGAUCGGAAUAUUUGCACCUCCACAAAAAGAUCGGAAUAUUUGCACCUGCACAAGAGGAACGGAAUAUUUGCACCUCCACAAGAGAAUCGGAAUAUUUGCACCUGCACAAGAUAAUCGGAAUAUUUGCACCUCCACAAGAGGAUCGGAAUGUUUGCACCUUCACAAGAAGAUCGGAAUAUUUGCACCUCCACAAGAGGAUCGGAAUAUUUACACCUGCACAAGAGAAUCGGAAUAUUUGCAAACUAAAAUAAAAAAAAUCAUUUGUAUAAAAAAUAUCAGAAAACAAACAAACGAAUGUUGGAGAUCAGGGAGUGUGGUUAUCUACUCUCUCUUCUUCUUCUUUUUAAUCAUUUCUAUCUCUCGCUUUCUCCCACUUGUUUCACGUAAUAUCUCUUUUUCUCUUCGUCUUUCACACCUCAUUUUUAAAAUCUCUUUUCCUUUCAACAUCUCUUUUCUUACCUCUCUUUUAACACUGCCUUUUUUCUUUCUGUCCUUCUUUCCUUUUUUCUUUCUUUCUUUCUUUCUUUCUUUCUUUCUACAUCUCUUUGCUUACCUUGCUUUUAUCGGUACCUUUCUUUCUACAUUUCUUACCUCUCUUUUAACGCUGCCCUUUUUAUCUUUCUGUCUUCAAAUUUGCUCUCUCUCUCUCUCUCUCCCCCCUCUCUCUCUCUCUCUCUCUCUCUUGUAUAAUAUAAAAGUGACAAGAGAAACACUCUCUCCUUCUCUCUCUCUCUCUCUCUCUCUCUCUCUCUCUCUCUCUCUCUCUUUCGUUUAA